AUGACGCCAACUCUGACAGCGGACGAGCAGGCCGUGCGCGGGUUGCUGCAGUUCGGGCUGUGCGCGGACCCAGUGCCGCUGGCGUUGCCCGGGCGGGCGCCGGGCAGGCUGGUGUACCGAGAGUUGGUGGAGGCGGCGUACGACACCGCCGCCGCCGUGCUGAGGUGCCGCGGCGAGGAGGUGGUCGUCGUGGCCGACGCCGGGGACACGCUGCAGGACUCGCCCGAGGCACCGAUGCCGCCGCCGCCGCGCCCACCCGCGGGCGCCACGAGGCCCUGCGCGGAGGCGGCGCGGCCGGGGCUGGCGGCUGUGGAAGGUGGGCGCCAGGCGCCUGCGGUCGCCGCCGUGCGGCCCGGGGCCGUGCCGGCCGCGGCCGCGGCCGGCGUGCGGCCGCCCGCGGCCACGGCCGGUGCCGCGGGCGGCGCGUCGGCGGCGGGCGCCGCGGGCUCGGCGGGCGCAGCGGGCGCCGCGGGCGCGGCGGGCGCGGCGGCUGCCGCGGGCGCGGCGGCGCAGGCGCGCCAGGAGGCGCUGCAGGCCUUCGAGGCCGGCCUCCGGGAGUCGCUGAGGGCCAAGGAGUGCCGGAGGGCCGGCGAGGAGGCGCAGGAGUGCCGGAGGGCCGAGCAGCGCGCCCUGGAGAAGGUCCGGCGCACCGUGGAGCGCUUCUGCGGCCCCGGCCCGCCGGGCUCCGCGGCCCCGCGGUGGGCCCAGGAAGUGUGGAACACCACCCUCGGCAAGUUUGUGACCCCAGGGACCAUUGGACUGCUCGAGCUCAAACAGAUUUAUAACCAUGUGCAGCCAGCAGGACAAUUGAGUUAUAACGCCGUGCGAGGACCACUCAGCGCGGCAGCUCACGCGCUUCAUCGUAUUGGCUGGAGUUUCACAUCCGCAUUUACGCUGCAGGACCACUUUGGCAGGACAGUCAGGACAGAGCUGCUGCCGCCAGACGUUCUGCAGGCCGCGCUGGAGGCGCCAGAGAACAGCCCCCUGUACUGCUUCGGUCUUUUCGAGCACCCAGGGGAGCAGCAUGAUGAUUUUCCGCUGCCCAGGGAGAAGCCCAUUGUUCGAUUUGUCAGACACGACGGUCAGCCAGACACGGUACCGCACUUCGGGGGGCUCACGGGAACCGACGGGUCGUGCACCAAGACAGGCAUAGCGGAGUUAGACAGAGCGACGUUUUCGGUAGUGGCUUACAGUACCGACGGGGCCCCAGAGGCCUCCUUUUAUGGCGCUGUUGCUGCCAACCUUCCCCAGACUUCUCAGGCUGGGGAGCACAUGGGCUUCCUGGUUCUCCAGGAGGCCCUCACCAAACCUUCCAAGGCCUGGGUGGACUGCAAAGCGGUCCUCGAUCAGCACGCUAGGCCACUGCCGACACGUCUCAGCAGUAAGCUUAAGUACUCAGGCCUGCACAAACUCGCGCUUGCGCGGGACAGCAGACACCACCUCGAGACGGCCUCUAAGGUCAAGAGCCAUCAGGAUGUGAACUCAUUGGCUGGAGAGGCCAGACUCGCGGCAGAGAUCAACACAGCAGCGGACAAGAUGGCGAAGGCGGCAAUGGACUGCCACCCAAGUUUCAACCCGACAGCGCUGCAGGAGCUGCAACGCAAAAUAGAGGCCGCUCGAGCGAUUGGUUUAUAUGCGCCCAGAGUUCUCGCCUUAUGCCAGCGCAACAGGCACAAGUGCGAGAGAGCCGCUCUGCCCUGUAAGGUUCAGGCCACCAUCGUCGUGCACGACUGGGAGGAGGCGCUCGUGCACGUCGGCGUGUGGUGCCUCGGCGAGUUCGGAGACCACCUCGUCUCCGGCCGCGCGGUGGGGCCAGACAAUCAGCCGAUCCACGUGACGCCGACCGACGUGCUUGACCUCCUCCAGGAUGUCACCCGCAAGCCGCCGAACUCAGAGAAGGCGCACCACGUCCACUCCCUGGUCGCGGCCGCGCUCAUCAAGGCGGAGACUUUGGACGAGCACCAGGCCGAGGUGGAGCUUCUCACUCUUUCGACGAAAGAAGAGGACAGGAAGCUACUCGGUCCGCGACUAGUUCAGGCGCUGCCGAAGAACACCGCGCACAGGAAGUUGGCCCUGCGACUAUCGCGAGUGGAGGACGAGACGGAUUCGAUCGUCGGCGAGAAGGGCCCCGACAAUUUGAUCAGGGCGUUUCAGAGGAGCUUAGGGAAGCAGGCCUCGAGCGACGUAGUGGACAAGGUCUUCUCGUACUACUAUGACCGGAAGACGGCAGGACCACGCGUGAGGGGGCUUGGCCAGACGAUCGGACUCUACGCGGAGCAGGAGGAGGACGCCUACCAGGAGAUGGAAAAGAGCGUGCGGGCGAUCUGCCCGGACUUGGAGGCUUUGGAUCUCAUCCCAGACGAGCUGCGUGGCAUCAUCUUCUUGGUGAAUGCGAAUUUGGACCCAAGCGAGCGGGCCACGGUGGUGGCAGGACUACACGACUGGAAGAUUGAAUCAGUCAUCGAGAAGUUGAAGUAUGUAUGGGCCGACAAGGACCUGCUAGCGAGGGACAACCUGGAAGACGACGUGGAGGAAAAGCCAAGCUACUUCGAGGAGGAAGCCGACGAGGUAGACGAGGCGGACAUCCACUACGAGGAGCAGGAGGUCGACAAGGAGGACUUCGAGGCGCUGGAGGCCUACGCCGAGGACGCGGAGGUGCACGCGCAGGACGCCCACCGGACCUUCACAGAGGCGAAGAGGCUGCUGGCGGAGGCUGCGAAGAACAGGAGCGGCUACUUUCCAGUGAUCGGGAUCGGCCAGAUCCCGGAGAAGCAGUUCAGGGAUCAGAAGACGAUCAACACGGCGAAGGCGGCGCUCAGGGCUCCACGAGACCCCCCCAAGGGUAAGGGCAAGGGCAUCAAGUGCCUGAUCUGCCAGGGACCUCAUCGCGCCGUGGACUGUCCCAAGCGAGGCAACGCGGGCAACGACGGCAACAACGUGCAGAUGGCCGCCCAGGGCUUCGUGGACGCCGAGGACGACGACGAGAACAACUACGGCAAUGAGGGCAACGCUCCUGAGGAGGGUCAAGCUGGCUGGGUACACGAGGAGAUGGUUGGCUACGGGAUCAUCGACACGGGAGCUUCGAAGAGCAUGAUCGGGAUCGACCUGGCCGCAGCCAUCCAGGACGCCAUCAUCGAGGAGACGGGCGAGGGCCAGGUCACCAUGGACUACGCGAAGAAAACGGAGUUCACAUACGCGGGCGGCGAGAAGGGCCAGUCCAUCGGCAAGUUCGGCUUCGAGCAUCCAGUGGCGCUGGUCGAAGACGACAACAAGCUGCGGUUCGACCUGGUCGAGACGAAGUCCCCGAUGCUUCUGGGUCUGGACUACCUGGAGAAGGCUGGAGCGGAUUUGAUCAAGGAGAGGCGCCGCGGGCAGCGGUGCCCGGCGGUGCCAGGGCGCCUGGAGGACCUGCGGCGGCGGCCCCUGCCUGCGGCCGUGGCGCCGCCCCUCGCGGCGGCUGGCGCGCCUCCCGUGGUGCUGCGCGGCGGCGGCGGCGGGCUCGGCGACGUGAUCCCGCCCCCCUUCUGUGGCGGGCGCGGCGCCGCGACGGGUCCAGGGGGGCCUGCGGCGGCCGCGGACGCAGCUGGGCCGGGGGCUGGAGGCUUCGGCGGCUUCGCAGGCUGGCCCGCCGCCGCGCCUGGCGCGCCCGCGGGAGGCGCCCCCGCUGGCGGCCUGGGAGGCUGGGUGCCUGGAGGCGGCGUCGCAGCUUGGUUUCCUGUCGCGCCUCGGUUCGACCCCGCCGCCCCGCCUGGCGCCGCUGGGCCGUGGGGGUUGGCGCCUGGCUCGCUGGUGGAGGGCGUGCUCCUGGUCGGAGGUGGUGGUUCGGCCACGGGCGCUGCGGUCUUCCAGGUGCAGGGCUCUUGGCAACCCGACGCGACGGGGCACUUCUCGGGGGCGAACCUCCCUGGGGCGAGCGCGCUGCAGUACGCUCCCACGCUGAUGGGCAGUUUCGGCGCAGUCGGUCGCGCGGCACUCCACCUUGGCGCGCAGCAGCCCUCGCAGUGCGCACGUGCGAACCCGUGGAUGCAGACGGCCGUUUCCCACGCCGAGACCUAUUGGAGGCGUGGCGCGCGAGGGCUCGUGGAGCCGUGGUUGCAGUCUUCUGGCCUUGGUGGAGCGGCGCCCGCCCUCCUCGGCCAGCCGACGGUGAUCGCGCCUCGAGCCGAUUUGCGCAAGAAUGCGAAGGAAGUCAAGGCUCGCUUGGCCCGCGAGCGCUCUGCCGGAGGGGCGCUCGCAGCUCGGGCCACAGACGUGCUCUCUGGCUCGAGGCUCGACCGGGUCGACGGGCGAGAUGGGGGCCAGGUGCGCGCGGGGGCCCAGGACGGCGGGGGAGCGCCUGGGCGCGCCCACCUCGGUGACCUCGUGACGCAACGGAUGCGGGCCGUCGGCGCUGGCAGGUGGCCCCGGCAGUUCCGCUCAGCCUGCGGAGCUGCAGGGCGCGGUGAGCAAGCGAUGCGAGCUCCGGGCCUGCAGGAGAGCGGCCGGUCGGCGCCCGAUGCUUCGCCAACCAGGAGGAGCCGCUACAGCCGACAGGCAGCCGCGGCGGAGGGUGACCUUCCGCGGCGGCGGCCCCAUCCGCCGAUCAGGCAACCUGGGAAAACGUGCACGCAAGGCGGCAAGCAGAAGCAUGACAAGAACGGGAUGGGCCAAUCGCGCCCCCGUGCCAAGGGAGAGAGGGCGCAGGCCAAAGGCCAGCAUGGCCGCAGCCAGCCUUUCGCCCCGCCGUUCGUCGCGGCUGCGCUGGUGGAGGAGCUCGCGUGGCUGAUGCGCGAUCUGACGCGCAAAACGCAUGCCGACGCGAGGCGCGACGCCGCGUCUGGCGCCUCGAAUUCUGUUUCGGCCUUAAUGAAGAGCCUCGGCGGGCACCUGCUUGUCCUUCUUCGAUGUGAACAGUUUGCCCGCCAGUUACGUGGCGACGUUCCUGCGGAUGGCGCUGCGGGCUACUUCGAGACGGCCCUCGAUUGGGUCAACAUGGCGAUCGAGAGUCUCAGCUACCAUUGCGCCCUGCACUGGAGACGGGCGCCGGCCGCGCGCCCGUCGGUCACGCGGCGCCUCGCGCUCGGCAAACUGCACUACGAGGCGCGCGUCUUCCGCGAGGAGUGCGAGGGCGCGCCAUCCUCGAGAUUGGCUGGGGCGAGAAACUCACCGACGCCGCCGCCGCCCACGACGGCGAGGGGAACUACCCCGACGCCCAGGCGAGCCCUCGACUUCGCGCGCCUCGAGCCCGCUCCGCCGCCGAUCGAGGCAGGCGCCGCCGCGCGUGCCUCCGAGAUCGCGGAUGGUUGGUUUCGCCGCGAGGUGUGUCUCAAUCGGGCGAUUUUGGGGCUUCCGCUUGCCCCGAAGGUCUGGGCCUCGGACGAUGAGCAGGACAUCUUGAACCCCGUCGAGAACGACGAAAUUGCCGCGGCGGGCGGCCGCGAGAUCUUGCGGGGCACGCUCGGGGCGCGCAAGGGUGGCCACCAGGAGGGCAAGGGGCCUCUGCUCUGGGCGACGCAAUCAUCCACCCCCGCCCUGCCGCACAGCGGCAAGUGGAAGGCCAUCGUCGCGCGGUCCGGGGAGGUCCUGCCGUGGAGCUCGGAGGACCUCAAGUGUUGUUUCUACGUCUACGCCCUCGACGACGCCUGGCUGCCCUGCGCGGGCAUUGCAAAGCCCGUGAGCUGCGCCGCGGGGGGCUUGUCAGGGCCUGGGCCGGCGUGCGCUGCAGUGGCGGUGGCGCUAAUGGGCUGGGUCAUCGCGGCGAGCGUGGCCCAUGCAUUCAUCCAGGAGGCGAACUUGUUCGAGGCCGCCUCGGCGGCGCCCGCGACGACGCUCGGGCGCCUGAACUAUGCAAGGCUGCUGCGUCACUGCGGCGAACAUCAGGAGCGACGCGACGACGUCCCGAUCAGGAAUUGGCGCGAGACCCAGAAGGUGCCCGCAGGCAGGCGGGUCUGGCAAGUGCACAUCGAAAACUUGGACGCGCUGGAGAUCGCCGGCUGGUGGGAGGCCGCGCAGCUCAAGAGCGACGGGCCCAGCGAGGCCGCGAACCAUGCCCGCGCUCGCGGCACGGAGGCGGGAGCCUUUCGUAGCGAGGAGAAGGCAGUGAUCCGCGCCAUCGGGCCGCGCGCCGAAUUCGCGCUGCGCCUCGCUUCUUUCACCCCCGCCUCUUUCAGGCGCCCGACGGGCGCCCGGAAGUGGAUGCAGGUCUUGGCCGGGGGUUGGGCGCGCCGUCUGCUGUUCCGGAGGGGGGCGAUGACGCGCUUCGCCCCCCUGUGGAGUGUCGCCGUGAGGCUGCGAGGCCAGGCCCCCAUGCCUGCCACCGUCCGCGCGGAGCUGCUGCUGGUCCUGGCAUUCCUUCCGAUCCUGCACUGCGACCUGGGGGCACCCGUCAGCGUCGCGUUGGCGUCGGUCGUCGACGGCAUCGGACGGCCCAGGCGCGCCUUCGACCGCCGUGGCUUGGCGCCGGCGUCGUUCGUGUCCUCGUAG